AUGCAUCAUUAUAAAUUAGAAUUUAAAUUUUCUUUUAAAUUUAACACGAAAGGUGGCUUAUACCCCAUCUCUGCUUACCUCAUUCGAUCAAAUCAAUUCUUUAAUUUUAUAAAAUCUUUAAAAAACAAAGAUCUUUUUUAUAUUAAUCAAAUUAUUACAGCAGAUGGUCUUUUCCUAAGAGAUUGGAAAGAUAUCAAGAAAUUAUUACCCAACAAAAAAGGUCGUACGCCUGGAUGGUAUCAAUAUCUGAAAGAUAAUAUUAUUUUAAAUCAAAAUAAUUUACGUCUCAAUUUCGACUUACCACCUACCAACAUUCACAACCCAUUAGUCACACGACCUAAAAUCAUCCCUCAAAGUACAAACAUUAAACGUAUCAAAAAUAUAUGGAUAGCUUAUUGGUGCCCACGUACCAAUGACGUUAUUUUUGGAAGAAUAGUAGAAAAACAACAUUUUUACAAUCACCAUCAGACUAUUACAUUCGAACAUUUUACACAUAUUACUGAUUCACAUUCCUCACAUAAUAAUUUAACUCCAAGAUCUCGUCCUACAUAUUUAACUAAAUGUACUGGAUGCAAUCUUUCUGAACCUAAUACUUUUAACAGCAAUACCAAUUCCACAUGUUACAUUACUUCGUUAUCGAAUUCUACUAUCAUCAUUAAUGUAUCAAAAAGUAACAAAACUUUCCAACAAUAUAGAAAACCAUUUUAUAAAUGUGUUAAACAAUAUUCCACUAUUAAACAGAACGUUAUUAUAGAUUACAAUCUUCGUAACACACGCUCACAUUCUAAUCCUACUUUAUCGGAAGAUCCUAUAAUAUAUAGAACACAAUUAGAAAAUUUCAUAGACUUAGAUUCUGUUAAUAUUUUAAAUAGAAAUUUAAUUACACAACUUAUUUCACCUGACACUUUACAUUUACCACUUUUUAAUAUUAGUAAACAACUUUCUACUUAUAAUAAUAUAGAAUUUUAUACCGAUGGAUCGCUCAAUAGAGACGACGAUUUCCCGAAAAUGGGAUACGGUUGGAUUUUUACGACAAAUUUAUCUGACAAUGUUAAAUUUUCAGGAUCUUGUAAAGACUGGCCCAGCUCUUCCAAAGCUGAACUAAUGGCGAUCUUAACAGCAUUAAUCACCUGUACACCAAACAGUAAAGUUCAAAUCUAUACUGACUCAGCAAGUUGUAUAGAUACUUUUAACAAACUCAAUUCACCAAAACUUACAGCCAGACGAUUUCAAAAACUUAAUAACUGUACGAUAUGGAAUACAGUGAAAUAUAUUAUCAACACUUUAAAAUUAAACGUAUCCUUGAUCAAAGUUAAAGCACAUUCAGGUAACCCACUAAAUGACGCUGCAGAUAUGUUAGCCAAAGAAGGAAGUCUAUCGACAGACUAUCUUAAUAUUAAAAUUCAACACAUCAACACACAAUCAUAUCAUUUGACUUUCAACGAUACUAUAAUUAUUGAUCGAAAUAUUCGUAAAACAACAAAAAGAAUUACCAACUUUCAAAAUUUUCAAAAACAUUUAUCUCACAAUCAAUUGGAUCGAAUCAAACAUCACGCUUUAAACAAUUUAAUAGACUGGGAAUACUCCCAAUUAUGGUUCAAAUAUAACUCAUUCUCCAAACCGACUUGUGAGCAAUAUACAAAACACGUUAGCUGGAAAAUUAAAUGCUCAAGCAAUAAUCUACCGACGAUGGAUAUUUUAAAUCGCAACUAUCCAGACUUAAUCAAAGAAAAUGAACCAUGCUUCCUCUGUUCACUUCAUAUAGAAACCAAUGAUCAUCUUUGGAACUGUCCACAAGUAUUAAGUAUAAUCAAACCAAUUUUCGAAAAGUUUUAUGAAAAAUUUAAAACUAUUAUUACAUCAGAAUCAAAUUCCGUAUACGCUUUAUAUUCUGAUUCGAUUACUCAAAAUCCGAUUUUUAAAUGGACAAAGAAACCGCCUACGCAAAUCGCCGAUAUUCCAGAACUAUAUUGUCUAUUGAGAAAUUUUAUACCUACAAAUUUGACAUAUCCAUUCAAAGCAGCGAAAAUCAGUAAAACAAUUACGAAGAAACUAUUACUUAAUUUUAUUUUUGAUCUACAUAGAGAAUUAUACGAAAAAAUUUGGAAAGUACGAGCCACAAAAUGGAAACAAUACAAGAAAGAUCAUGACAUCAAUAAAAAAUCGUUCGUUAACUAUCGUCGUAACCGCCAACAAAAUUCUCAUCAUAAUUCUACACAACGUAAUAACUGA